AAAAAACAUAAACAAGCAUCAUGGCGGCCACUCCGACACCCGGCAAUCUCUUCGAUGAGUUUGAGGAGGCUUUUCAGAAUUGCAUGGCUCCGCUGACAAAGGAGGACAACUUCAAUGCCGUCAACCAUGAUGAACUCCGCACCAAUGCAGAGACCAGCGGGCAGCGGUUCCUGGACCUGGCCCGGCAGAUGGAGGCAUUCUUCCUACAAAAACGAUAUUUGUUGUCUAUUCAGAAGCCAGAGUUAAUCCUGUCAGAGGACAUCAAUGAGAUGCGCAAUGAGCUGGCACGCAAGGACGAGCUGCUCAAGAAGCACGCCGAGAAGCUGAACGAGUGGCAGGGCCUGCUGUCCUCCAUGCAGACUCGCCUCGGGACUUCAAACUCAGUGGGGCCGCGUCCCCCUGGGCCACCAGUGCCACCAGGGCCUACUGCCCCCCCUAUGCAUCCUGGGAUGAUGGGCGGCCAGACGGGUGCCCACCAGGCCGUGCCUAUGCCUGGCCUGAGCCCAGUGGGAGGGGGUAGCAUGGGCCAUUCACCCAUGGGUCCCUCAGGGGUGCCUCCCAUGCAGCACGGCAUGAACAACCCCAACAUGAGUAUGCCCCAGACGUCCAUGAUGCAAAUGGGUGGUGGUGGAGGAGGAGGGAGCAUGGGCCCAGGUCCUGGAAUGGGGGGGAUGGGAGGCAUGGCUCAGGGGGGCUUUCAGGGGGGCCCAGAGGGAGCAAUGUACCCUGGCAGCAUGGGUCCCCAGCACCAGGGGGCACCGCCGGGGGGGCUGCAGGGACCUCUUGCCUAUCUUGAAAAGACCACCACUAAUAUAGGCAUGCCGGAGCCUAGACGCUGACUAACUUAACUCGGCUAACCGUGUGCUGGGGACUUUUUACGGAGCCUGUAGUGCAGCGAGGCCUCACUGUGGCUGUGGGUGGCCAGUGUGAUGGGUCUUGUGCUCUAAUGACCUCAUUGUGAUGGGAUUCAGCUGCUGUCGGACUUGAAGGUAUACAGUUGUAGCUUCUUACUCACAGAAUGUUGCAUUUACUCUCUUACCCUUCAUUGUAUAGCAUUAGAACUUGACACUUAGUGGAUCUACUGGAGUGUUUUGUUUGUGUUUGGCCUCUAAAACCUUAACAGUACCAACAUGUAGGAAAGUUUUGCAUCUAACAAACUUCAUUGUAGUGGGAUGUGGCUUCCUUAUUUAUGUGUACUGGGCUGUUCUUUAGUGCUGCUGCUGGAGGCUGGGCUUGAUGGCUGACGGAACCUAGCUUGCAGCAGAGCAUUGUGGGGAAAGUGUGCUUUGUUUAACUUCUAAGGUGAGUGUAAGUUGUCGCAGCUCCAUAACCUUCCUUGUCCUCUGAGCGUCACAUGGUUUCCUCUCUUUUGUUAGUUGAUGGGUGUGUGAGUUGGUUGACCUGUUUACAAGUGUUUCCAGUGUGUUGAAUGAAAGACAGGAUGAACAAGUGCAUCAUUUUAUUGAACUGUGGAGGCUUUUGUUGUGUGACAGGUUAUGUUCGGAUUGACAGCUCCUCUUCUCUCCUCUCUUCUCUCUGAAACUUAUUGGAAUGAGGCCUUAGUUUAGAAAGAUUGACAACAGCCACUCCAAACCUGACUGACAUUUUUAGUACAGUAUUCACAUACAUAUUGCAGAUAUUUAAAUGUGUAGAUAUUUUUUAUGUAUUUUGCUGUAAUCUAUUUAUCAAGAAAGUUAUUUUGUA